AUGAAGGUUGAAGUUGAAUUAAUCUCCAAACAAGUCAUAAAACCCUCUUCUCCCACACCCAAUCAUCUUCGCCAUUACAAGCUCUCCUUGCUCGACCAGCUCACUCCUCAACUCAACAACUCCAUGGUUUACUUCUACGCUCAUGAAUCCAUGAGCAUCACCGACGACCCUUCGAACCACCUUAAGAAAUCGCUGUCUCAAGCCUUGUCAUAUUACUACCCACUCGCAGGAAGACACGUGGACAACACUUUUGUAGAGUGCAACGACGAGGGUGUCCCUUACUUGGAAGCUAAAGUCAGUUAUUGCAAGCUCAACGAUGUGUUGGAGAAUCCUAUACCAAGCGAGGUUAGUAAGUUGCUUCCAUUUGCAAUGGAUGAGAUUGUUGACACACUCCUUGGUGUUCAACUCAAUGUUUUUGAUUGUGGUGGAAUAGCCAUUGGUAUAUGCAUGUCCCACAAGAUAGGUGAUGCACUUUCCUUUUUUGGGUUCAUUCAAAGUUGGACAACUAUUGCUCGUGGAGAAGCACGUGAUCAUGAAGGAAUCAAGACACGUUUCAUAUCUGCAACCUUAUUUCCCCCAAGGGAUAUGUCGUGGUAUGAUCCAAACAAAAUCAUCCCAAAAGAUGAGAACAUCGUGUCUAAGAGAUUUGUGUUUGAUGCAACUGUCAUAGAUGCUCUCAAAGCAAAAUAUGAAGACAUGAUGGCUUUGCAAAAAACCCCUUCAAGAGUUGAGGUUCUAUCAACUUUCAUAUGGACUCGCUUUAUGGCCACUACUCAGGUCGCUUCUAAGGGGCACAGAUCCUAUGUUGUGGCUCACACAGUGAACCUGCGUUCGAGAAUGGACCCACCAUUACCAGCUUACGCGUUUGGAAAUUACUAUCGAGCUGCUACAAUGUUUCCAUUGUUGGAUUAUAAGGGGGAGUGUUGCGAUCUGGUGAGGAACCUUAGAGUGGAAAUAAAGAAAAUAGACAAUGAUUAUAUACUCAAACUUCAAGAGGGUAUUGAAUACUUGAACUCUCUUAGAGAAGAUUUUAAAAGAUUGGCGAAGAAUGAGGAGAAGGAGAUUGUGCCGUUUACCUUCACUGCUUUGUGCAGGUUUCCUGUUUAUGAUGCUGAUUUUGGUUGGGGGAAGCCAACCUGGGUAGGGCCACCCGCAUGGAAAGUGAAAAAUGUUGCUAUUUUUAUAGAUACCAAGUUAGGUGGUGGCAUUGAAGCAUAUAUAAGCAUGACAGAGGAGGAUAUGGUUGAAUUUCAAAAUGACAAGGAAUUGCUCGCACAUAUUUCAAAAUGA